AUGGACCUUGAAAAUGAUGGAUCUACAUCUGAGAGCAUUUUUGAUUUGGAUUAUGCUUCAUGGAAAAUUCGCUUAACAUUAGUGGUAGCUGGUUUUUUCUUUUACCUGGGUGUCUUUGUUGUCUGCCAUCAGCUGUCUUCUUCUUUGAAUUCCACGUAUCGCUCUUUAGUGGCCAAAGAGAAGGUCUUCUGGAAUCUUGCAGCCACCCGUGCUGUCUUUGGGGUUCAGAGUACUCUCGCUGGUCUGUGGGCUCUGCUGGUCGACCCUGUUCUUCAUGCUGAUAAAGCUUGUGGCCAGCAGAACUGGUGCUGGUUCAACGUCGCAACAGCCACAGGAUUCUUUUUCUUUGAAAAUGUUGCAGUUCACCUGUCCAACUUGUUUUUCCGGACAUUUGAUUUGUUUCUAGUUGUCCACCAUCUCUUUGCUUUUCUUGGAUUUCUUGGUUCGGUGGUCAAUCUCAAAGCUGGCCACUAUCUAGCUAUGACCACGUUGCUCUUGGAGAUGAGCACUCCUUUUACCUGCAUUUCCUGGAUGCUCUUAAAAGCUGGCUGGUCAGAGACUCUGUUUUGGAAGCUCAAUCAGUGGAUAAUGAUUCACAUGUUUCAUUGUCGCAUGAUUUUAACCUACCACAUGUGGUGGGUGUGUUUUUGGCACUGGGAUGGUUUAAUCAGCAGUCUGUAUCUGCCUCAUUAUGCACUCUUCCUUGUUGGACUGGCCCUCCUCACAAUAAUAAUUAAUCCAUAUUGGACCCAAAAGAAGACUCAACAGCUGCUCAAUCCAGUGGAUUGGAACUUUGCGCAACCAGAAGCCAAAAGCAAGCAACCUGAAGGGACCAAUGGUCAGAUCCUCCAGAAGAAGAAGCAGUAG